CAAGGAGACUCCAGACCAUGGCACCCAGGAGGGCCCGGAAGAGGGUGGACGGCGGGGCCAGCUCCAAUGUCUUCUCCAUGUUUGACCAGUCCCAGAUCCAGGAGUUCAAGGAGGCCUUCACCAUCAUGGACCAGAACCGGGACGGCUUCAUCGACAAGGAGGACCUGAGGGACACGUUCGCGGCCCUGGGCCGCAUCAACGUCAAGAACGAGGAGCUGGAGGCCAUGGUGAAGGAGGCCCCCGGGCCCAUCAACUUCACCGUCUUCCUCACCAUGUUCGGGGAGAAGCUCAAGGGCACGGACCCAGAGGAGACCAUUCUCCACGCCUUCAAGGUGUUCGACACCGAAGGGAAGGGAUUCGUCAAGGCUGACCUCAUCAAAGAGAAGCUCAUGACCCAGGCCGACCGGUUCAGCGAGGAGGAGGUCAAGCAGAUGUUCGCGGCUUUCCCGCCCGACGUGUGCGGCAACCUGGACUACAGGAACCUGUGCUACGUCAUCACGCACGGCGAGGAGAAGGACUAGCGCACGGUCCCCGCUGAGCCGGCAAAGGCCGGGGGGCGUUCCCGGGGGAGGACCCCUGUCCCACGGUCCGCCCAGGCAGGAAUAAAUGCCGCUGAG